AUGGCAUCAGACGCCUCCGCCUUCACCGCGAUCGACCCCCCGCCCUCAACGCGCACAGAGGUGACCCCUCCUGCUAUCAUCCCUUCAGAAGACGCUGCUAUCAGGCUACUCAAGCGGCCUCGUUCGCCGUCUCCUUCAUCGCCGCGCUCUCUCGCCGCGCAGUCACAGGGUCUCUUGAGCCUCGGAUCACCUGCCAAGUCCGCCCGCCUGGCUCUCGCGUCCAGCCUUUCCCCGACGCCUUUGACCGCGGCGGCUGCCCUUGAAGACGAGCGCCGACGACGCGAAGCCGACGAAAACGACGACGGGACACGAGGCCCAGCGCCCACAAGCGAUAAUCCUGGUCACAGAGUCCUGACAUCCCUCAUGUCUGGAGGUGUCCAGGCUAUGAGCCGUCCUGCUGACGCGCCCCAGCUAGCACCGACUGCAGCCAUGGACCCAUCACCAAAGGCACAGAAUCCUGUGUCGCUGGCGCAAACCGCGACAAGUCAAGUUGAAGAACAUGGCGCGACGAGCCCGCAAAGCACUAACAGCCUGGUCGGUGUACCCGUCACAGAAAGUCCAACUCCGAUGGAAGUGGAUGCACCCAAAGUUGAUUCGCACCAACAGCAGCAUCAACAAUCAUCGCAACAAGUAGUCGGGCAGGAAGAGAGACACCAACCUGGAUCGCUGUCGUAUCCUGGCUCUCUCCAGGCCACCGGUAACUUGACGGAAACUCCGACUAGAGGCAUGAGCUUCCCUAUGCCCACACCAGGCCAGACAUCCCCUACUUCGUCGGGCUCCAAGAAGCACAAAUGUCCCUACUGCAACACGGAGUUCACGCGCCAUCACAAUCUCAAAAGCCAUUUGUUGACCCACAGUCAAGAGAAACCUUACGUGUGCACCGACUGUCAAAUGCGCUUCCGCCGUCUUCAUGACUUGAAGCGACAUGGCAAAUUGCACACUGGCGAAAAGCCUCACGUAUGCCCCAAGUGUGAUCGAAAAUUCGCUCGUGGCGAUGCGCUUGCUCGUCACUCCAAGGGUGCUGGUGGCUGUGCAGGACGGCGAUCUAGCAUGGGCAGUUUCGUUGACGACAAUGAUCUAGAGAACAGUAUUGCUGAAGCGGACGACACAGCUAUGUCUGGACUUGCAUACGACAAUCCCGAGGAAGAAGAGCUGAGACGUCAGAGCUUACCAAGCAUCACGGCUCAGCAUGUUGCUGGAGCACAAGCUGAUGGCUACGGCGCGCAUGCCCGGACUUAUCCUCCUCCAGGUCCACGACCUGGAACCGGGGGCCUUUACCCCCCUAAUGUUAACCAAAACCAGGCGAACUCAAACUCAGCCCAACCCGUGGCUAACAACAUCGCUGGCCACAGCGCUAACGCUGGGAUUUCGUCAGUUGCGGCGGCAAAUGCCAAUAUGUACUCCCAAACUGGCAUAACGGAAAGCCCUAAACCAUUGAGUCCUGGAGUUCAGGGACACGAAGCCAAUAAUUUGGCGCGUCAACGUUCGCCCAGCUUGACGCAACAGCUGCAACAAGCACAGUUUGGACGACGGGCCUCGGAUCUGCAAUCACCGCAUAACUCACAGUCGCGACCUAAACUUCCUGGUCUCUCGCACCCCGAGUUUGCGGCGCCAGGUUCGGCCGGGUUUUCUCACACGCGGAGUGGGAGCGGCGCACAGUCUACCAACGACAGCGGAAACAUGUUUGCUCAGAGCGACCCUAGUGUGUGGGCGUAUGUUCAGACGUUGGAGGAGAAGAUCAAGGCGCUCACAGAUAAGGUCUCGACCCUUGAUCACGAGGUUGCAGACCUGAAACAGCAGAUUGAAACGCGCGACGCAGCGGCAGCUGCAGUCGCCAAGGUGUGA